AGGUGUUAUUUUGCAAGAAAUGGAUACCAUUGUUAAGUUAGGAAGUGAAAGUCCAGUGGUGAUAUUCAGCAAGAGCAAUUGCUGCAUGUCGCAUACGAUUGAUACGUUGAUACGGGGCUACGGGGCGAACCCUAGGGUUUAUGAGCUCGACCGGAUGGACGAGGGGGACAAAAUGGAAAAGGAAUUGAUGGCAUUGGGGUGCAACCCUAGCGUGCCGGCUGUGUUCAUAAACAAGGAGUUCGUAGGUGGCUCGAAUGAGGUCAUGAGCCUCAAUAUUAGAGGCAAGCUCAAGCCCUUGCUCAUCAAGGCCAAUGCUAUUUGGGUAUAGAUGGAAUUAAUUAGGGUAAGAGAGUAGUUAAUAAAAGAAUACAUAAGUUAAAUUUUGAGCAUGUUUAUAUAUCAUGUUAUAGAGUUAGUGUGUGAGGCCCUUGUCCAUUUAACAUGAGUAGAUAUCUAUGUGGUUCAUAUGUAGACACAAACAUGUAUGAAGUGGGUUAUUAAUAGAUCAUUUACUAAGUCUCUCUUUUUAAUUUGUAACUAUGAAUAUAUGUGACAGCUGUUUUUUGAUUGUUA